AUGUCGCUGGAUGCUGCAAAGGACGCGAGGAGGCGACGUAGCAGUAGUCUUGUCUACAAAGAGCCCCCCGAGUCUCUGGAGCAGCUGAGCGAUCAGUCCGCCCUGCCCAACCUCAACGCCGAAUGGGUGAAUGCAAAGGGCGCCUGGGCUAUCCACUUUGUCCUCAUCUUCUUCGGCAAGAUCUUAUUCGACAUCAUCCCCGGCAUGUCGCAAGAAGCAUCAUGGACCCUAGUCAACCUUUCGUACGUGGCGGGAUCCUACCUCAUGUUCCACUACGUGCGCGGUGUGCCUUUUGACUUCAACUCGGGCGCCUACGACAACUUGAACAUGUGGGAACAGAUUGACAACGGCGAACAAUACACACCAGCCAAGAAGUUCCUCCUCAGCGUGCCCAUUGUGCUGUUCCUCGUCAGCACGCACUACACGAAUUACAAUCUGACGUAUUUCCUCAUCAACUGUUUUGCGACCAUAGCAGUCGUCAUUCCAAAGCUCCCCUCGACUCCAUCCGAAUCCAAAUCUGCCCAGGCGGUCGUGUGGUCUCAACAUGCAAGGUGCCACCACUUCCGGCAACUACGGUCCGAGCGCACUGCCAAAUCCAGCCAACCUUCGUCAUCGAUGCGCACCUCCAUGCAGUGUGAUCCUUCGCGCAUCAUGGUUUGGUCUCAGCUUGAGCCCACGGGGCCUCACGUUACCUACGUGACCCUAACCUUCUUCCUCAUCUUGUACGCGCUAUUCUCGCUUAUGAUCCGGAACCGCCUGCAUCUCUCAGAACCGCCAUUAGCCACGCUGUUUGGUAUCAUCGUCGGACCACGCGCUCUGAACCUCCUCAGGCCAUACGAAUGGGGCUUUUCUGAUGAAAUAAUCCAAGAAUUGACGCGUCUCAUUGUCGGAAUUCAGUGCUUUGUAGUCGGCCUGGAGCUUCCCUCAGGCUAUGUUCAAAAGAACUGGCGCGCCCUGCUUGUUCUACUCGGACCUGUCAUGUCGUUCGGCUGGCUGAUGUGCGGAAUGCUUAUCAUGUUCCUUUUCGACACAGACUUUCAGACUGCUUUGACGAUAUCAGCCUGUCUCACGCCCACAGAUCCUGUUCUCGCGGCUUCAGUUCUGUCAAACAGCCAGUUCAGCACCCGAGUGCCCAAGCGGAUUAGGGACUUGUUAAGCGCAGAGAGUGGUUGCAACGACGGCAUAUCCUUCCCGUUCUUGUAUCUGGGGUUGAGUCUCCUCCUGAAGAACACCGCUGGUGGCUUCUUCACAAAAUGGUUCCUUGUUACAAUACUGUACCAGUGCGUGGUAGGCGUUCUCCUCGGUAUCGCCCUGGGAUACAUCUUCAACGGCCUAUACAGGUUCUCGCACAGCCGCGAGUGGAUGGGCCGAGCUUCCUACCUGGCCUUUUACCUACUCCUGGCCAUCUUCUCCAUCGGACUGGCAUCGGUUCUUGGAGUGGACGACUUCCUAGUGGCCUUCUUCGCAGGACGUGGCUUCGCGCACAACCAAAAGAACCCCACAGAAGGAACCGCUCUGCCCGUUAUCAUCGACUUGCUGAUCAACUCAGCGUUCUUCAUCUUCUUCGGUGCAAUGAUACCCUGGGCGAGCUUCAACGCGAUGGACGGAAUCACCCCUCUCCGACUGCUUGCUUUACUCGCACUCAUCCUGCUCUUCCGCAGAAUCCCGAUUGUUUUCACGCUUUUCAAGACGAAGAUGUUGCCCUUGGUAAAGACCACAACCGAAGCCCUCUUUGUCGGACAUUUUGGACCAAUGGGUGUCGGCGCUCUCUUCCUCGCCAUCGAAGCCCGCGCGCAGCUCGAGACCGGUACAUCCCUGCCCCUUCCACAGCCGCCUAAGGACCUGCCAGUGGAGCGACAACGGACAGCUACUAUGAUAUGGCCCAUUGUUUGCUUCAUUGUCCUCGGAAGUACCAUAAUCCAUGGCUUCAGUACUUUGGCUGUCAGCAUCGGAGGCCAUUUCGCGCGUCAUGAGGGCGAGAGGGCUCCUUUGAUCGGUGCUGAAAGGGAAGGACUACAUGGCAUGUUCCAUGAUGAUAGUGAGGCAGAGCAAGAGCAGGAAUAG